AACCUGUACCAGUCAGUUGCCAUUGGAUUAGCAUCAGAGUAACGUGCACAAGAAACCCUCUUCUCUUUCAAUAUGAAGGUGACACUGAUCCUGGUCCUGAUGGCCGUCGUUGGCCUCUCCUCUGCCUACUCCCUCGGCGAUGUCUCCGAGAAACUCCAGCGUGUUGAGAGGGACAUCAGCGCUGGGAGCACCGGUACGAGCAAUAGCAUGUCCUUGGAGAGCAGAGAGAAAAGAGAUAUCAGCGGGGACAGCACCGGGACGAGUUCCUUGGAAACCAGGGAGAGGCGUGAUGCCUUCGCUGUCUCUCACGACCUUGAUCUGAGGCGCCUCAGGAGACGCGCCAGCCCCGACAGCGGCAGCUCCGAGAGUAACAGCGCCAGCAGCUCUGAGGAAAUGACAACUACCGCGCCUUGAAAAACGACUCGGAAAGGACGGAACUGACCAUCGGCAAACGACCUGACUACCAUUCAGCUCUCCUGAUUUGAAUAAGGAUAUUUCGAAUAUUCAAAAUUCUUUCAAUUUUCUACAGAAAGAUAUGUCAUUAGCAAACUAAAUUUUUGAUUUUAUAUAGACAAUAAUCUGCAAUUUGAGUAACCAAAAGAAUAAAGUAAUUGGCAAGAAAUA